GAUCAUUCUCCGUGAGCGUAGCCCUGGUAUAAGAAAGCUCGGUUACACUCCUUUCAGCACAGAGGCAUCAUCAGAGAGACAACGGUCAACAUCGACAUUAACACAUUCUUACAACCGAAAACUGCGUUUCAAGGAUCAGACACAAUGGCUCAUAAUGAAGAAAAGGAGACAGAGGCAAUGAUGGUGGAUGAUGGAGAAGACAGUGGGAUGGGAUCUACCGAUGAGUCUGGUAGUCGUCGGGAUUCUCUCUCUAGCAUGGCGAGUGCGAAUUCAUCGGCGACUUCGAGCAACGACUCCGCAAUCGAUUCCAUGUCCGAUCGCCGUAGCUCACUCAGCUCGAACGCGAGUUCGAUGUCGGGCAUGAGUGAGCGAUCCCUUUCAUCGCGGAGUGGUCAGAGCAGUGAUGCAGGUUAUCCGGACAGCGUCUCAUCAAGCCGGAGAUCGUCGCUAUCGAGCGUUAAAAGUGACGAUAGUACGACCACGAUUCGUAGCGAUGCGACGGCGACAUCGAUGAGGUCGGAUCAAACUCGGACCUCAGGAUUUAAUCAAGACUACUCGAAAUCGACAAGAGAUAUCGAUUCGACAUCGGGUCAUACACGAGUCCGCGCCCCAUACAACCACCACUCCGGCACUACAUACACGACGACCACCACGCCCAGAUCGGACCCGACUAUCGAGAUCAUGGUCGGGGACUUCAACGGCAAGACGCACAUCGUCAGGGCCAGGCCGACGGACACGGUCCGAGACCUCAAGUGUAAGAUUAAAGAUAAGGUGGGGGUAACCCCUUCUCAACAGCAGUUGACUUUCCAAGGGAGACCCCUCAUGAAUGACGCAAGCACCGUGUCAUCAUGUGGACUCCAGAAUUUGAGUACCGUGCAGUUGCAGGGUCGACUGGUGGGCGGUAAAGAUUACAUGCAUCGGGCUGGCUUCGUCUGAGAUGACGACGACGACAAAGAUGGGAGACCCAUGAGAAAAAAGGAAGGUGGUACAUAAUACAUGUUAUAAGGUCAAAAAGAUUUGAUGUUGUUCAUGAAGAUAAAAAUGUAUUGGAAUAAGAAAAAUAAGCAGAGGAAAAGAAACAAGAAACAAUAGCUGGGUAAAAGACAAAGAAGAAAAGCAAGAAAAAGAGAUACGACGACGAUGAUGAGGAUGAAGAAGAAAAAGAAGAGAUGAUGAUGAAGAAGAAAUAAAAUAGCAAUGAGAACAGGAAGGCCUUUCCUUGAUCAUGUGAACAAAUUCAGUGACGUACAGUACAGGGGGGAGGGGGGGGGGCUCCUUCAAUUUUUCACGUCCAAGAAAAAACUGAAGUGAAAAGGAAAGAAAGGGAAAGAGAGAAUGGUGAAAUAUGAUAUUAUUUUCUGAAUAUCAAAAUCUAUCACAAAAUUGAUUUUUUUUUAAAUAGAAAUGUCGACAUGUGUACUCGCUCACUUCGCUCGCUAGCAACUUUUUAUAAAUUUUACGCGAUACGCCAUAUUUAGCCCCCUCAAAAUAUUAAGCUCAUUACGCCACAGCAUAAAUUUACACAAGUGAGAAUAAGCUAUAUUAAGAAUGCUACUUUACUAACUUCGAUCAGGGAAGUUGGAGGUUCCUUGCUUCGAUUGUCUGUCUGAGAUUCUGAUGAUUCCCUCCCUUCUAACACGUGACCUGACGUCAUGGUUACCAUGAUAACUGCCAUUUUAAGCACGGAUAUUACCAUCCCAUCAUUAAAGUUCUAUGUAUCUUAACUGUAUUAUGUAUUUGUUUUAAAUCGAAUCUAAAUGUAUUCAUUUGUAUUCAUUUUUGCUAGUCUAGAGCAAUCUCCGAUUAACCAUGGAUUAGUAAGUGAUAGAUAUAAAAAAAAAGGGUUUCAUGGUUGUACUAAUAUAAAAUAACCAAAAAAUAUCAUAUCAUGUACAUGUACAUAUUAAAGGAGCAGCUAUUUGCAGCGAUUUUUUACAUUUUUCCCCAUUAUCUUUACUCGAUAAAACUGCAAAAUCAACCUUUGUUUAUAUUUUGCUUUCAAAUCAUGAUGGACAUAAUAUUGCUUUGAAGUUUCGUUUAAUAUGAAUUACGUAUGUAUACAGUGCGUAUCAAAAAAAAGUUUACACUUUGAAAAAGCCCUGGGAAUUAAAAAAUAUACAACAUGUGGGUAAUUUGUUCACAUAUAAUCUUGGGUUUGUGUCUCAUCUGUCCAAUGAAAGUAAAAGUUUUGACAGAAUGUUACACUCGAGUGAGCACUGUCCAUUUUUGUAAAUCUCGUAGAAAUCUGUUUGCGCAGAAAUGCUCGUUUUCACGAAGUGUCAAGGGGAAAGAGCGAAAUCAAACUUACCCUGCGAUACAUUUCUCAUACAUUUCCCUUGCACUUUUAGUCAAUUGAAAUAAAACGGAUACAUUCAAGCAUUUUGUAACAAUUUCGCCACCCAAAUUGAAAUUUCAACACUAAGUAAGUACAACCUUUCCCAUUUUUGUGCCAGCUGGAUCUGAAGACAUUACUUUUUUCUGUUUGUGGUAACUCCCGUAGGAACUCGGCAGGACAGCCUUUUUUGCUGGUAAACGCCAAGCCGGUAUAUAACCAAUUACCUUGGAAACAUUUUACGUCUAGGUUAAUCAGUCAUAGUGGCUGACGUAAUAGACGACAGAUAUCACUCUUGGGCCUUUUUAUCAAAGUGGAGACAAUGGCAGAGUUGGGAUUCGAACUCACAACCUUGCGAUUAUGAGUCCAAUGCUCUAACCACUGGACCACACGACCCGUGUUUGAAUCUGAACAAAAGUUUAUGUCAGACAUCUCCAGCAUUUUUUCACUACGUUUUUAUCAUUUAAUAUAAAGUGGGUUUACAUUUCAUUUUUCUAUUAAUACUUGUUUCUCCACACUUUCCUCAAGCUUGACAAUGAUUUACAAAAUGCAAAUCAAGCCUAUGCCAUUCCAUGUAAAUCACAGCUCAGUAUUAAGGAAAAUAUCGUCUUGAUGGCCUAGGUGUGUGGGGGAGUGGGAUGGGGUGCAAUGCACUCUUCGAAGUGUUUUGGGCAAGGAAACAAGUUAAAAAGGUAAAAUAUAUCUUCAAAUCAAUUUUACUAGAUAAAUUCCACGUGUUCUUCAUGAUUAAGGCCUACUUUUAUUCGCAUAACUAUUUCAAAGUUCUGCGCAAAUCAUUUUUCACUAACUUUUUAAAAGUAAGUGGUGCUCACUCAAGCGGAAAUAUUUUUCGACAGUUAUCAUGGUUAUAUCGUCAUUUGCUUAAAUUGGAUCUGUACCAAUGUUAAAAUGUGGAAAAAUCUUCAGGAUAUUACAAAUGUAUAAUUUUACAGGAUUUUUUUCUAAGUGUAAACUUUUUUUGAUACGCACUGUAUAAUGCGUAUGUUAUUACAUUAUCUAUCAUGGUAAUUUUGUUUUUCUUUUUGUUUAUUCUAUCAAUACUGUGAAUCUGAUGUUAGACAUGUUAGAAAUAUGUAUAAUGAUAUUAGCUAUAUGUACUUUGAAAGAUUUCUGUAUACCUACUGAUAUUAUACUUCCAAAUAUAUCAUAUUCUUUAAAUAUUCGGAUACCAUCGCCUUAUGCAAUGGGGGAGUGACGGGAAGGAAGGGAGUGAGGGGAAGGCGGGAGAGGGGGUUGGAGGUGCUGAUUGGUAGCAUGAAUCAGACGUUUAUUGUUCAAAGACUUUUCCUAAUGCUAGAUAUCAUGGUCGUUCAUUAUUUGUUAUUUUAGAUCACUUGGGAAUUCCACGCAAUGUGAAACGAGCCAUAUAAUGCGAUUUAAAUACGAAUUCGUGAAUAUUGAUCAAUUAAUGUCACAUAGGAUCGAAUUAUAAUUCUCAGAUUUGUUAAUGAUUUAUUGCAGAAUUUCGAUAAUAGCAGUGAUUUACAUAUUUCAUAAAAGAAAUAAAACAUAUUUGUAUCAUAACAGAAAUUAUAUGACUGCUUGUAUGAAGUCAAUAUGCUAUACACUAUACACACUUAAAAUGUUGGGCAACAUGUAUGUUGGUAAUAUAUAUAUAUAUAUAUAUUCUGGGCAAUUAUUAUCCGAUUGAGCAAAUAUCUUACCGAAUUAUUAGUUUUUAUUACCAAAUUUAGGCAGAUUUUAACCAAGUUGUGUGGACAGUAUGUUGCCCAGGAUUGGUUAAAAGCUUGGCAUUUUUUGCCCAAUUAUUUUAAGAGUGUAUGGUGUUUUAUUCUUUAACUUUUAGUAUGUAAUGCUAUAGGCCUAUAUUGUACAGCGCAUGAUAGUAUUGUGAUGCCUGUAUUAGCCCGUUAUACUGCCCUAUAUAAAUAGAAAAAACAUUUGUAUUAAUAUUUUUUUCAAGGUAUAAUCCUUGCAGUGUUGUGUUUGUUAUGGUAUAGGGAGUAUUGUGCAAAAAAAGGAGCAUUGGAAAACAAUAUUGUCAGCUUAUAAUUAUUGUUAAAAUGAAUGAAAACUUAAAUUAUAAAAAUAGUUUAAAAAUAAA